AUGGCCACCUUUCGUUCCAGGGUCGCCGUCUGGUACAGCAAGGCCUCCAAUUUCAACGUCGAGGCCCUCUUCACCCACUCUCGUGAACUAACGCCCCGCACCGUCUAUGUGCACGAAGAUCUCCCGGAGCACUUUGUCGACCCCAAGGGUAGAAUCAAACGGGAAUAUGUGUUCUGCUCGAACCAGGUCAUCACAUCCAAGUACUCCGUAAUCACCUUCCUGCCUCGCAAUCUCCUCGAGCAAUUCCGGCGAGUAGCCAACAUCUUCUUCCUUGCCAUUGCCAUUCUUCAGUUCUUCCCUAUCUUCCCCACCGUUUCACCGGGUCUUGCCAUCCUUCCGCUUCUCGUCGUGCUCGCCAUCACAGGCCUCAAGGAUGGCUACGAGGACUUCAAGCGCCAUCAGGCCGACCACCGUAUCAAUCGCUCCCGUACCCGCGUCCUUCACGGCGGCGUCUGGCGUAACCCAAACCCUAUGCAGGCCAAGACCAAGACUUUCAUCCCUGCCGUAGUCCCUACUUUGCUCGCAUACACCCAGAGGAAGAAGCCUGCCGCGGAUGUCGAGGCCAUGGAGCUCGAGCACGGCGCCCCACCUGUGGGCGUCAGCCAGUCAGGAGCACACGAGCAGGCGGACGAGGACACGCGCGAGUACGACGAAGAUGAGGACACGAGUACGAGUGCAUCUGACGACAAGCAUCGACCACACUGGCAGCGUACGGCCUGGGAGGACGUCGCGGUCGGCGACUUUGUCAAAAUCGUAGAAAACGAGUCGUUCCCGGCUGACAUCCUCAUCUGUGCGACGUCAGAGGAGGAGAACGUCUGUUUCGUCGAGACGAAGAACCUCGAUGGGGAGACAAACCUCAAGUCUCGCAAUGCCUGUGCCGUGCUGACCCACCUCCGCACCGCCAGUGCAUGUGCGGAUUCCCGUAAUGCGUUCCAUGUCGACUGCGACCGGCCGGAGACGAAUCUGUACAAGCUGAAUGCAGCUAUUGUCGGCAAGGACGGCGAGAAGACAUCAGUCGACUCGCAAAUGGUGCUGCUUCGAGGUUCAGUCCUUCGCAACACGGGAUGGGUCAUCGGCCUUGUGCUUUUCACUGGACUUGACUCCAAGAUCGUCCUGAACUCGGGCGGCGCGCCGAGCAAGCGAAGCAAGGUCGAGCGGCAGAUGAACCCCCAGGUUUUCAUCAACCUGGGCAUUCUAGCGGCUAUGGCGGUCGCUUGUGCUAUCGCUGACGCGGUGCUCGAGCAACGCUACUAUCCGCGCGGCGCACCCUGGCUGUAUCUGGACAACCAGAGCGACGACAAUACGCACGUGAACGGUAUCAUCACCUGGGCUUUCGCUCUUAUCACCUUCCAAAAUAUAAUUCCGAUCUCUUUGUAUAUUUCAAUUGAGGCAGUACGGACAUGUCAGGCGCUCUUUAUCUAUUUCGAUCAUGAAAUGUACUAUAAGAAAACCGACUCGCCGACCCUAGCUAGGAGUUGGAAUUUGUCGGACGAUCUAGGUCAGAUAGAGUAUAUUUUCUCAGACAAGACGGGCACCUUGACCCAGAAUGCUAUGGUCUUCCGGCAGUGCUCUGUCGGGGGUAGGGCGUACCGAGGUACUAACGGAGACGAGGAGUCAACAACCAAGGUCGGCCUGCCUGACGAAGAACACACGUCCCCGUCCCUUCGUUCCCAGUCGCCAGUACUGAUGGAAGGCAAGAAGACGCCAGUAUCUUCGUCAUCGGAGGACGUCCCAGACCCCCUCGCCGCCGACUCGGUUGGGCUCUCUGACGGCGUACUCGCUCAUUUCCGCGAUGCGAUGCUGUCUUCUGACAUCGUCUCCGCGGUAUCCGCCGACGCUGAUGCGGAGAGCGCGAAGCAUGCGCGGCUGAUCAACGGCUUCUUCACUGUGCUCGCCCUCUGCCAUACCGCUCUCGCGUCUAUAGACCCUAUCACAGGCGCAAUAGCGUACAAAGCGCAGAGCCCGGAUGAGGCCGCACUCGUGCAAGCGGCGGCGGACGUGGGAUUCGUGUUCCGUGGGCGGGACAAGGAGGUUCUGACGUUGCAGACGCCAUUUGCGGGCGCGUUCGAGCGGUGGGAGCUGCUGAACAUCCUCGAGUUCAACUCGUCGCGCAAGCGGAUGAGCGUGAUCGUGCGCAAGCUGGACGAGGAGGAGGAAGGGGAACGGCUGUUCUUGCUGACGAAGGGCGCGGACAACGUGAUCUUCGAGCGGCUUGUGCCGGGUGAGGAGGAGCUGAAGCGCAGCACGGAGGUGCAUCUGGACGAGUUUGCAGGGCAGGGGCUGCGGACGCUCACGUUGGCGUACAAGACUAUCAAUGAGGCUUAUUCUGGCGUAGAGGACGACUACGAGGUGUGGGCGCGCAAGUUCCAAGAGGCAUCUGUCUCGCUCGACGAUCGCGAGGCGAAGCUGGAGGCGGUGUACGAGGAGAUCGAGGGCGGCCUGAGCCUGCUCGGCGCGACCGCCAUCGAGGACCGUCUUCAAGACGGCGUGCCGGAGGCCAUUGCGGACCUCAAGCUUGCUGGUAUUAAGGUGUGGGUAGCGACCGGCGACAAGGUGGAGACUGCUAUUGCUAUUGGGCACAGCACGAAUCUGAUUGGCCGCGAGGACAACAUCAUCGUCAUUCGUGGCGGUGUCGACGGGCAACGCAAUGUCUAUACGCAGAUGUACACCGCUGUCGAGGAGUUCUUCCCGGAGAGCGGCAUCCUCGAGGAAGAAGGUGUCAGCCUCGACGUCGUGUCUGAGACGCAGCGCUCGUACCCGCUGCAGCGCGUGAACACUGCCGCGUCGGACCUCGUGGGGCACAACAAUGGAGACCGUCCUGGCGGAUUUGUACUUGUCGUCGACGGAGGCGCCCUGGCAACGGCAUUCGGUGAUGAUCGACACAAACAUCUGCUGCUGCGUCUGGCGAUGCAGUGCGAGGGCGUCAUCUGUUGCCGUGUAUCUCCGUUGCAGAAGGCGCUCAUCGUGAAGCUCGUCAAGGACGGUCUGGGUGCGAUGACCCUGGCGAUUGGGGACGGCGCGAACGACGUCAGCAUGAUUCAGGCUGCCGACGUGGGUGUCGGCAUCUCCGGUGAAGAAGGUCUCCAGGCGGCCAAUUCGUCGGAUUAUGCCAUCGCGCAGUUCAGGUUCCUCAGGCGGUUGAUCCUCGUCCACGGACAUUGGUCGUAUGCUCGCAACGGCAGCAUGAUUGUGAACUUCUUCUACAAGAACAUGAUUUGUAUCGGUGUCUUGUGGUGGUUCCAGAUUUAUUGCGCUUGGAGUAGUCAAUACGUCUUCGAGUAUACUUAUCUGCUCUGGUGGAACACGUUCUUCACCAUCGCACCCGUCAUUGCCAUCGGUCUUUUCGAUCGUAUUGUUGAUGAUCAUGUCCUCGUCGCACUUCCGGAGCUGUACGCAUACAGUCGUCGCGGCGGGUACUAUGAUACGAAGCUCUUCCUGGUCUACAUGCUUGACGGUAUUGUCCAGGGUGUCUAUUCAGCCAUCACUCCUGGCUGGUUCUCAACUCCCAUUUAUGGCAACGACGCGUAUCUGUGGCCGUCAGCAUAUUUCUGGUUCUGCAUCCUUCUCACCGUCGUUCUGGCUCUUCUGCCGCGGUACCUUUGCAAGGCGUACAAGUUCGCUUUCUACCCCGCCGAUGUUGAUCGAGUGCGGUGGCUGCACAAAAUCGACCCCAACCGCGACUUCUCUCAAUACAAGGAGACCGACCUUCAGGGACUUCGACGAUCUGCCUCGCGACGCUCUACCGCCAUGGCUAAACGGCCUUUUGCCCAUUUCGCUGGCAGCCACACUGACAUGUCUACGGGCAUGCGCUCCCAACAUCGCGGAUUCGACUUUGCGACGGAAGAGAACGGAGUGGCACUGCAGCGCAUGCAGACAAACCUUUCAGAACGACAAUCCGAGCGCCAGAAACAUCCAUUCCGUCGACGAAGGAACGGCUCGCUGCUUCCCUCCUUCUCUUUACCUCGCUCUCUCCGCCGGAGACGGCCGCCACCUGUCCCUGAGUCGCCUCCGACACCUGGAUCAUCAUAUUCACGAGAAUAG